AUGGAGGAGUUCGUAGACUUGGCUGCUAUUCAUAUCUUCUUGACUCAGAAUCUUAUUCCUACUCUUCUUGCUGAUACUUACUAUUCCAUCCAUGUGAGGACUCAGAAGAAGAAAGGGACUAUCGUCUACUGCACCCCUUUGCUGUAUAGAUGGUUUAUUUCGCAUCUACCCAACAAAGGCCCUUUUGUUGAGAACAAAGAUAACUUGAAGUGGUCCCAGUGGAUCAUGUCCUUAAAAGCCGAAGACAUUCCUUGGUAUUCUCGAAUUUACGAUGGUGUCAAGCUUAUCCUCAACUGUGGGGAUUUUCCUAAUGUGCCUCUUCUUGGGGUCGAAGAGCUAGAGUUAAUCAAGAAGAUUCUCAAGGCUUGGGGAUCGAUUUGUCCUCAAGAAAGAGCAGAGAUGGGUAAUAAUAAUUGUAUCGCCAAAGAAGCUUACACAAGUUGGGUUAAUAACAGAGUUAGUGAGAUUUUGUUGUCGUUCCCGCCCGAAACAUCCAUGAACGUCCAACCUCUUGAGUCAGAGAACCAACCAAAUUUUGAAGUAGAUGAAUUGAAGAAGGUUAUCAAGAUCCUAGAGAAAGAUAAUGUUGAUCUUAAAUCUAGGCUUGGUAAGAUCUCAUUGGAGAAGGAAACCUUGAGGUUCAAUCUGAAUCAGAAGAGAGACCGAGUUCGCCAAGCAGAUGAUGAGGUACAGACAAAGGUAUUCAAAAGACUCAAAAUGGGUGACACCCUCAAAGGGACUUAUGUCAUCCUGACAGCGAAAAAGAAGCAGUUAGCCAAAGCCCAAUACCGAGCCAGCAAAGCAUAA